AAAUCACCAUUGUUAACCUUUUUUUCUCCUUCCUUUCAUCCUCUUUUAUUUUCAUUUUUACUACCGAAAACUAAAGUUCAAGAAAAAGAAUAAAAAGGAAUAAGAAAUAAUCUCUGCGUGUGUGCGUCGUCUCUAUAUAUAAACAUAUGCGUGGGUAUGAUUCUUGGGAUGAUCGACAUGCAACGAUGAAAUCAUCAUCCAUUUUCCGAGAAAAUUCAGAGAAGACAGAGAGAUGGAUGGUAACGAACAAGGGAAGGUUAUCACCAUUCCUCAUGUCUUCUCUUUGUAUAACUCUCUGCUUCACAGGCUUCUUCGUCUACCUUCAGAAUCCUUUCAUCUCCGAUCAAAACUUUCUCCCCCUGCAACCUCAAAUCGAUCCUGAAUGUGAUUUGUUCAAGGGACAUUGGGUACCAGACAAAAGAGGAUCUCAGUACACCAACUCAACCUGUUCUACGCUUCCCGACUCCAAGAACUGCAUUAAACAUGGGAGAUCAGAUCGAGAUUUCUUGUUUUGGAGAUGGAAACCUGAUGGCUGCGAUCUUCCUAGGUUUAAUCCCAAGGCGUUUCUCGGUAUGGUUCGAGGCAAGAAACUGAGUUUCAUCGGUGAUUCUGUAGCAAGGAACCACAUGGAAUCUCUUCUUUGUUUGUUGUCAAUGGAAGAAACUCCUAAGGAUAUCUACAAGGAUGGAGAAGACAGAAACAGGAUAUGGUACUUCCCUAAACAUGACUUCACUCUCUCUACCUCAUGGACCAAGUUUCUUGUUGAGGAACAAGAGAGGUUAGACGGUAACAAGACCGGAACAGGAUUGUUUGAUAUAGAUAUUAGUAAGAUGGAUGAAGGGUGGUUUAAAGGUUUGCCUAACACAGACAUUGCUAUUGUCUCGGCUGCUCACUGGUUCUUCAGACCAAUAUUCAUACACAGAGGAGAUGAGACCCUAGGUUGCAUCUACUGUAACGAACCAAACAUGACACAGCUUAGUCCAGACCAAGGGUUUAAGCUUGUCUACUCAUCUGUCUUCAAGCAAAUCAACGAGUGUGAGAACUGCAAGAGAGAUUUAGUUACAGUCAUGAGGACUAUCUCACCUGCCCAUUUCGAGAACGGGACUUGGGAUACAGGAGGAUCAUGCAGAAGAACAAGCCCUUUUGGUGUAAACCAGAUCGACCUGCAGAGCAGCGAGAUGAAGAUCAGGACAUCUCAGAUUGAACAGCUUGAAGUCAUAACGAAAGGAGACCACAAGGGGAAAAAGAAGUUCGGUGUUUUGGAUGUGACGGGGGUUAUGCUGAUGAGACCUGACGGCCAUCCGAAUAGUCACUGGGGUAACAAAUGGAUGAAAGGUUAUAAUGAUUGCGUUCACUGGUGUUUGCCUGGUCCAAUCGAUGCAUGGAACGAGUUUCUAAUGGCCAUACUUAGACAGUUAAGAUGAUGAUCAUCAGUGGAUAAAAAUACAAAACUAAAAAAAACAUUCUUUCACCUUAUGAAUAAGUACCAUCAUCAUAAACUCAUCUGAUUUUUUAUUUUUGCUGGCUUCUGGUUCUAGAUAUCUCUGUUGUUACUAUAGAGUUUUACAUAAUACUCAAUACAACACACAUUACUUUCAUUUA